CUCUCAAAUACCGCCUCUCCGCCUCCCACAGCACUGCAAAGCGCCGGGAUAGCGGACCGAGAAGCGCCCCGCCCAUCCCCGCCGGCGCCUCGCUUACGUCACUGCUUCACGCCGUAGACCCUCCCUGCUUCCCGGUCGCGGUAGCUUUGACAGAGCGCGAUGGCGGCGGCCGGGUCUGCAGGGAUGCCGGCGACUGUGUCGGAAAAGCAAGAGUUUUACCAACUUCUGAAGAACCUGAUCAAUCCAAGCUGUAUGGUGCGGAGACAAGCAGAGGAAAUCUAUGAGAAUAUCCCAGGUCUGUGUAAGACUACAUUCCUCUUAGAUGCCGUCAGAAAUAGAAGAGCAGGUUAUGAGGUGAGACAAAUGGCUGCCGCACUGCUACGACGGCUUUUGUCCUCUGGGUUUGAGGAGGUCUAUCCAAAUCUGCCUUCUGAUGUUCAGAGGGAUGUCAAGAUUGAACUGAUACUGGCAGUUAAGUUAGAAACACAUGCUAGCAUGAGGAAAAAACUUUGUGAUAUUUUUGCGGUGCUGGCCAGGAAUUUGAUAGAUGAAGAUGGCACUAACCACUGGCCUGAAGGUCUGAAGUUCCUUAUUGAUUCAAUCUACUCUAAAAAUGUGGUUCUAUGGGAAGUUGCACUUCAUGUUUUCUGGCACUUUCCUGGGAUUUUUGGGAACCAAGAGCGGCAUGAUUUGGAUAUCAUCAAACGGUUGUUGGACCAGUGUAUUCAAGAUCAAGAACAUCCAGCAAUCAGGACAUUAUCUGCCAGAGCUGCAGCUGCAUUUGUACUUGCUAAUGAGAAUAAUAUUGCUCUUUUCAAAGACUUUGCAGACUUACUUCCUGGAAUCUUACAGGCUGUGAAUGACUCAUGCUACCAGGAUGAUGAUUCAGUGCUAGAAUCCCUUGUUGAAAUUGCAGAUACCGUUCCUAAGUACUUGGGCCCUUAUUUAGAAGAUACUCUGCAGUUGAGUUUGAAGUUAUGUGGCGACUCUAGGCUUAGUAAUUUGCAACGACAGCUGGCCCUUGAAGUAAUAGUAACCUUAUCUGAAACUGCAACCCCAAUGUUGAAAAAACAUACAAACAUUAUUGCACAGGCAAUUCCUCAUAUAUUAGCAAUGAUGGUUGAUCUACAAGAUGAUGAGGACUGGGUAAAUGCUGAUGAAGUGGAAGAAGAUGAUUUUGACAGCAAUGCAGUUGCUGCUGAGAGUGCAUUAGACAGACUGGCUUGUGGGCUUGGUGGAAAAGUUGUUUUACCAAUGACAAAGGAGCAUAUCAUGCACAUGCUUCAGAGCCCUGACUGGAAAUAUCGACAUGCUGGAUUAAUGGCCUUAUCUGCCAUUGGAGAAGGAUGCCAUCAGCAAAUGGAAUCAAUUCUAGAUGAAACAGUUAACACUGUUUUGCUUUUUCUUCAGGAUCCUCAUCCAAGGGUGAGGGCUGCAGCCUGUACUACACUUGGACAGAUGGCCACAGAUUUUGCACCUAUUUUCCAAAAGAAAUUUCAUGAAACAGUGAUUGCAGCUUUGUUGCGUACCAUGGAAAAUCAAGGUAAUCAGCGUGUCCAAUCUCAUGCAGCUUCUGCUCUUAUUAUUUUUAUUGAAGACUGCCCCAAGUCAUUGUUAAUUCUAUAUUUGGAUAGUAUGGUGAAAAAUCUUCAUUCCAUCUUGGUGAUUAAACUUCAAGAGUUGAUUAGGAAUGGAACUAAAUUGGCCUUGGAACAACUUGUGACAACCAUUGCCUCAGUUGCUGAUACAAUAGAAGAAAAAUUUAUUCCAUAUUAUGAUAUAUUUAUGCCCUCACUGAAGCAUAUUGUUGAGCUUGCUGUUCAGAAAGAACUGAAGCUUCUGAGAGGAAAAACUAUUGAGUGCAUUAGUCAUGUUGGUCUUGCUGUUGGGAAGGAAAAAUUUAUGCAAGAUGCAUCAAAUGUGAUGCAGCUGUUGUUGAAAACACAGUCAGACUUAAAUAAUAUGGAAGAUGAUGACCCUCAGACUUCUUACAUGGUUUCAGCAUGGGCUAGAAUGUGCAAAAUUCUCGGGAAAGAUUUUCAACAGUAUCUUCCAUUGGUUAUUGAGCCUCUUAUUAAGACUGCUUCAGCUAAACCUGAUGUUGCUCUCUUAGACACACAAGAUGUGGAGAACAUGAGUGAUGAUGAUGGUUGGCAAUUUGUAAAUCUUGGAGACCAACAAAGUUUUGGAAUUAAAACUUCAGGACUUGAAGCAAAAGCAACUGCUUGCCAGAUGUUGGUUUACUAUGCCAAAGAACUAAGGGAGGGAUUUGUGGAAUAUACAGAACAAGUUGUAAAGCUAAUGGUUCCUUUACUGAAAUUUUAUUUCCAUGAUAAUGUUCGAGUGGCAGCAGCAGAGUCCAUGCCUUUUCUUCUGGAAUGUGCAAGAAUUCAUGGCCCAGAGUAUCUUGCACAGAUGUGGCAAUUCAUAUGUGAUCCCUUAAUUAAGGCCAUUGGAACUGAACCUGAUACUGAUGUACUCUCAGAAAUAAUGAAUUCUUUUGCAAAGUCCAUUGAAGUAAUGGGAUAUGGUUGCCUUAAUGAUGAACACUUGGAAGAACUGGGAGGAAUACUGAAAACAAAACUUGAAGGGCACUUUAAAAACCAAGAAUUACGACAGGUUAAAAGACAGGAAGAAAACUAUGACCAGCAGGUUGAGAUGUCUCUGCAAGAUGAGGAUGAAUGUGAUGUUUAUAUUCUGACCAAAGUAUCAGAUAUUUUGCACUCAUUAUUUAGUACUUAUAAGGAAAAGAUUUUACCAUGGUUUGAACAGCUACUUCCAUUAAUUGUAAAUCUAAUUUGUUCAAAUAGACCAUGGCCAGAUAGACAGUGGGGAUUGUGCAUAUUUGAUGAUAUCAUAGAGCACUGCAGCCCAACUUCUUUUAAAUAUGUAGAAUAUUUUCGGUGGCCCAUGCUGCUAAAUAUGCGAGAUAACAACCCUGAAGUCAGGCAAGCUGCUGCUUAUGGCUUGGGUGUUAUGGCACAGUUUGGUGGAGAUGAUUAUCGUUCUUUAUGUUCAGAAGCUGUUCCACUGCUGGUAAAAGUUAUUAAAUGUGCAAAUUCCAAAACCAAAAAAAAUGUCAUUGCUACAGAAAACUGUAUCUCAGCAAUAGGGAAGAUUUUGAAGUUUAAGCCUAACUCUGUAAAUGUAGAUGAAGUUCUUCCACAUUGGUUAUCAUGGCUUCCACUGCAUGAAGAUAAAGAGGAAGCUAUUCAGACUUUGAGUUUUCUCUGUGACUUAAUUGAAAGUAACCACCCAGUAGUAAUUGGUCCAAAUAAUUCCAAUCUUCCUAAAAUAAUGAGAAUAAUUGCAGAAGGAAAAAUUAAUGAGACUAUUAACUAUGAAGAUCCCUGUGCCAAACGCCUAGCAAAUGUUGUACGUCAAGUACAGACUUCUGAAGAAUUAUGGUUGGAAUGCAUAUCCCAACUCAAUGAUGAACAGCAGGAAGCCUUACAGGAGUUGCUAAACUUUAUUUGAAGCACUUUAAUAUCACCUUAUCAUCUAUCACAAAAGUAACCACCAUAAAUAAGUGUUGCAAGUGAAUUCUAUUAUAAAUGAGGGCAUUGUCUCCCUGCUAAGCAGUUUAUAAUUCUUCAUAUUUCUUCAAGAUUAGUCAGUGUUACAGCCUUCUGUUUACCGUGCAUGUUUUAUCUCUUAAUCACAGACCUUGGUGAUAACCUGUGCUUCCAAUUGUGUUAUGUUUGUUACCUGUGCCCUAGUUGGUGUGAAAUAUAUAAAUUGUUAUUUGAACUAUU